AUGCCACACGGGCGGAGAUUGGGAUUAGUACGUACACUGAUGGAGAUACGUCCUCCUUUAGUUUGGACAGAGGCUGGUGACAGGCCUUGCUACGCAGAACAACUGUUUUCUGUUCUCAACUGUGGUACAUUUCGUUUUCCGUUGCCCACAGACACACAGUCUGCUACUUUCUUGGUCUCCUUGCGUAGCCUUAUUUCACGGCCUACUCACCGUUGUUUAAUACAUAAGCCUCCGGCCGUGGUUAAGGCGAAUAAAGGCCUCGAACCACUCCCCUCUGUCGGGGUCUUUCUGGCCUCCCAACGGUCCUGGCUUUAG